AUCUGUGUAUUCGAGUGACGAUAACCUGCGAGCGUAGUGCGUUCGACGCUCCCGCCCCGCCUCGCGGCAGUCGCGCGCGUCCUCGCCUGCCGUGCAGUCGUGCCACACCGUCAGCGCAUGCCUGCUUCACCAAGCUCUCAAGGGUGAGCGGGGAACUCGGUUUUGGCGGGUUUUCGGACGUGAUGCGCCUUGCACCCCCCCGCGGGAUGCGCACGUGUUGCCGAUGCGCGCUCUUGUAUGUGCCGGCGCCCCGUCACAGUGAAAACUGUGACGUGAACUGUCAGUGAUCACCUGGAUUGCAGUGUUGGAUGUAGGAUCGGAAUUAGACGCGGUCGCCUUCGCGGCUUUUUUACUUGUUAAUUGCGAGUAUUGACGAUUGGCAAAACUUUAUCCACGUCGAAAAUGUUCGUUCGCGGAGUUGAUUGAAACUCUGUAACUAAUUUGAAUAUUGUUUAAGUGAAGUGCGCAGUGUUUCUUUUGUUGUUGAGAUAUUGUUGUGUUUGACAAGACGUUGCUGACGAGAUUGCUGGUAUGCAUAUGUGCUAUGAGCGGCCCGGCCUGGUCUCCGCCCUGAACGGCGCUGUUGGGUACGACAAGUGGGACCGAGACCGGGACCGCGGCGGGGGCGGCGCCGGCGCUCCCGCGUGGCCGGGCCGCGACCGCGAGCGCGACCGGGAGCGCGAGCGGCAGGCGCGCGCGCACCAGAUGUCGCAGGCGCACGCCGCCGAGCCGGACGCCACCGCGUCGCUCUUCCAAGCUCCCUCCAGGGUAACGGGCAACAAGGAUCGCCAAAGCCAGCAGAUCCAGACGAAGCUCGGCGACUACCAGAUCGCGCAGGCGCUGAUCGACGAUCCCAGCAAAUCGAUCGGCAUCUGCGCAGAGCCACCCAGCCCGGCGCCAUGCCAUCCGUCGCGAAGGGAGAGCGAGUUCAAGAAACCGUCACACGCGCCGCAAAACGGGCGCGUGCACCACCGACCCUACGUUCACAACAAGAGCGAUGGGUCAGUUUUACCGGCGCCGCCUACGCAUCGACCGCCGCCCCUAAAAAUGAACGGCAUCCAAUCACAAAGUGCAAUUGACAGCUGUCAGCCGCCUAUAGAAAGUAUAUUGAAGGAAAUGAAGUCCCUACCGCAGCCGCUGUCAGUCAUCGCCGCUACGCCCCGCAAGGAGCUCGAUAACAAGUUCAUCUUCGACCCCUUUACGAAUAAGGUCCAAGAAAAUCCCCAACUAAUCAACAACGAUCUCAAAACACCUCUCCCUAAGCCCGGUAUAGACAACCGGAUAUCACACUCAAGAAGUGUAACGCCACCGUGUGACGGGUUGAAUAAGGACCUCGGGUUGUCGGAGAGCGAUGACGAGGUUGCGGCCAGCACGCUACACCACACCACCAGCAGUACGGCGCUAGAACUAGAACCCAUCCUAUCACCAAUUGUCUCCGGCGGCAGCCCGUCCUCGGCCAGCGAGUCCUCCGACUCCGAGUCCGAGUCGUCUUCCGCCGAGUCCAGCGGUCCUCCGCCCCGAGAGACCAGAGAACCUAGAGAGACCAGAGAGCCCAGAGAGGCUAGAGAGCCUGCAGCGGCGCCGGCGCGACCAAGUGCCGCGGCGGAGUCGCAGCCGGUACAGCGGCCAUCGUGGUCGCUGUCGAACUUCGCGCCGCCCACCGCGCCGCUGCCCGAGCCCUAUGAUACGGGGAAAGAGCUGAGGCAUGCGCUCGCGGAUAUCAAGGGAAAGCCGAGUCCUAUCUCGGACCUAUCGGACUCGGAGGCGUCGUCGCCGUCGCCGGGUCAGAGGCGGAGACGGUCGUCGAAACUGACCGUGUCCAGCGACGAUGACUCGCCAAGACCUACUAAUACGCCUUCCCCCCGCGUGGCGGCCACCGCGGCGGUGAAGCGCGGGCGGCCGCCCAAGCCGCGCGCCGACUCGCGAGAGCGGCCCGCCAAGAAGAAGCGCGGCCGCCCGCCCAAGCUGCGCCCCGCCUCCCCGCCGCCCUCCCCCUCCCCGUCUCCCACCCCCACCCCCACCCCGCGCCACUCCGAGCCCGAGCCCGCGCCCGCCUCCGCGCCCGCGCCCGUUCCGCACCCCGUGCUACAGGAUACGAAGACGCACAUCUUUCGCAAGGUUUUUACUCCCAAGAAGGGUGACGAAUGUGGCGGGAAAGGUGGCAAAGGUGGCAAAGGAAAAGGUGGCAAGGGCAAAGGCCAGGUCACUAUAAUAGAAGUGGCGGCGGAGUCCGGAGCCGACGACGAUGAGAGGAGGCAUCGAGAGCGCUCAGCGGAGAGGCGGAACGAGGAGGCCCUCGCCAGGGUCUCGCCCCCUCAGGAACCCGAAACUUUGACCAGGAAACGAGAGGCCGAGAGGGUCGCCAAUGAACGGAUACAAGAAAGAGUGUCCCUCGAGCGGCCCGAAAGGGACCGCCCUGAGCGGACGAACGACCGAAUAUCAGAUCGCCUCCCCAUACCCUCCGCACCUUCCGACAGAAUACCGGAUCGGACGUCCACCGACCGGUUAUCGUCUGAGCGAUCCGACCGUUUACACGACCGGUAUAGCUCUGAACGCCUCUUAACCCCCAGUCGGCAUUCGAGAGAACGGAUAUCGUCCGAGCGCUCGGAUAAGACAGAGAAAACCUCCCUGGACCGCCUCUCCGGAGAUAGGAUAGAUCGUCUGUCAGGGGACAAGAUGGAUCGCCUAUCGGGGGACAAGUUGGACAGGUUGUCGGGCGACAAGUCGGACAGAUUGUCGGGCGACAAGUCGGACAGAUUGUCUGCCGACAAGUUGGACAGAUUGUCUGCCGACAAGCUGGAAAGAUUGUCGGGCGACAAGUUAGACAGAUUAUCAAGCGACAAGUUGGACAGAUUGUCGGGCGACAAGUUGGGCAUGGAGAGGCUCGACCGGAUGCCGGACAGAUUUGUUCGCGCCGAGGCUGACGUCGGGUCCGGCUUGAAAGGCCGAGGCUCGGAGAGACUCGAAGAGGCUUCUUCAAUAGUGGGCCGGCGCUUGCGGCUGCCGGUGCGGGUGCCGCUGGAGCGGCUGCGCGCGGACACGGUGCGCAGCCUGCUGGCCGCGCCGCCGCGCCGCGCCGCCAAGCGCCCCGCCACGCCGCCGCCGCACCAGGCGGGAGAGGUAGCCGCGACCAACCACGAGCGGACGGCGGGUCAGACGCCCAUCUACUACUCGUACUUCGAGCGUCUGCCCGCGGACGUGCUCUCUGACGAGGAACGAGACCACAAAUAUUACCUAGACCAAGCGAAACAGCUGAAAUGCGAAGCCGAGCGCGAACAGAAAGCGUUACCCCGCGUCAUGCUCUAUCUCGAGUCGGUGCUGUGCUUUGUUCUAACCGGUCGAGUACUGGAACUAGAACUGGACACAAAACGCGCCUUCACCAUAUACCGGGAGACGAUAGAGUACAUCAAGAGCAUACACUCCAUGCCGCAGCGGUUCAGGGCGUCGCCGCAUUCGACGUUCAACAAGCUUGAUAUACUGAGCUUACGUGUGCAAGCUUUGCUGUACUUGCGCAUGUUCAAAAUGUACAACCGGGAAGUGAAAGAGUACUAUAGGAUAGUGCAAGACUACCAGCAAAAGCCGGCGUGCGCGGAGUCCGUGUCCCCGCUGUCGCCGACGCCGUCGCCGGGCGGCUCGGUGGGCUCCGUGGGCUCCGUGGCGUCCGCCUCCUCCGGGUACUGCAGCAUGGCGCACUCGGUGCCCGCGCAGGCGCACAACGCGCUGCUGCAGCUCACCAAGUACUACACGUUCCUGUACGUGGCGCACGACCUGUGGGAGCAGGCCGACAACCUGUGCCGGCUGCGCGCCAAUCAGGACUUAUUCAUAGCGGUGGACCGCAAAUGCGGCCCGCUGACCCUAUUCUCCACGUUCCGGCAUCUCGUACAAUACGUGCGCUACGCCAUCUCUCUCAUCAAGAACGCGGCGCGCGAGUGACCGCCGACCGGCGCCCCGGAGGCCGGGGACGGGGUGGCCGGGGACGGGGAGGCCGGGGACGGGGAGGCCGGGGACGGGGAGGCCGCCGGUCGAGGCCGCGUCGGCCCCGUCGGCCCCGCGCUCCCGAGCAGGCGACUGUUCCAGAAACCUUUUGGCAAUGUCGCGGCGAAAAAUGCGCAGCGGUAUUAGUGAAAUGAUCUGUGGUAUUGGUAGAAAAACUUUAUGUUUAGUGGUAUGUUUCGGGAUUUGCAGCUAAAAUGUGUUCAUGACCGAUUGAUACGUUUCUUUGUGUCACAGUUUAAGGCCAGAGCGCACCGGCUGCUUGUGCGUAGACGUGCACGUGCGCGGGCGCUAAAAUGUUGCAGCCAGUGCACGCACACGUCACGCAAGCGGUGUGUCGACUCGUAAGGAUCUGUAUAUUACAACGCGCACGUGUAUCCACGUCUACGCACACGCAUCCAUCCGGUGUGCACAGGCCUUUUUAUAGCGUAUCUUCGCUUUUAGUAUCAAUGGAGUAUAGUCAGUUUAUGCAUAAUAAGAAAUUAUGGAUAUAUUGUGGUCAAUUUUUUUGGUAACCCAUUAGGUGUAAUUUUAAACUUUAGUGUACUAACUGUACUACAAGCAAUGAAAUAUUUUUACCAAUAUCGCUGUUCCAUCGCAUCGCGGUGAAAUUGUCGUUUGGCGUAGUAAAGAAAUUCAGUCACUAUUGACUUGUGAGAUUUAGUUUUGGAAUAUCGUUUUUCAGAUACUUUUCUAAAAGCAAGUCUAAUAUAUAAUAAUUGUUUAAUACAAUUUUAAUAAAAAAUGCCUAAUUUAAACAUUUAUUAAUUAAAUUAUUUAUUUCAAAUAUUUAGUUAUAUAUUAACUUAUUUUUAAUUAAGUUUAUUUAUUUUGAAAUCAGAAUUUAAUCUCAUUUUUUUCAAGGAAUCACGUUAUUCCUUAAUAUAAAUUUGCUUGUAGAAAGGGCUGAUCUGAAAGCGAAUAUACCUAUCGUUCCAAAACCGUUUGGAAUAUGUCGUCAAUAGAGUACGUUGGCAUCAAUUACCUAUAGUUGUAUAUUGUCGCCUCGGUCGUUGUUCAUUAGUAGAGAACGCCCGGAAAUCGUAACUAAGUAUUGACUUCGCAUGUCCUACAAGAUGACCAAAAAUGUACAGACAACCCCUGCCUGGUUACUGGUUACAAAACCGAAUGUAAGUUUAAGUGAUAGAGUAAUCAUAUCGUAAGUGUUUUUCGUUGUAGUACCUACCCUAUCAGAAAAAUGUACCAUCGGGAACACAUAUACGAAUUCUUUUAGUUCGGGUGUUAUACGAAAAUAUUUAGUGUGGGCCAAUCGAGUUAUUAUCUCACUAUGCAUGGGAUCACUUCUCUUGUAGUUUUUCGCAAUAAUUUUACUGAUUUUUAUUCGCGUAUACUUUUGCUUGUUACUCUGAGAGUGUGUUAGAAUGAGCUUUAAACUAAUUCGUACUUUAAGUGGUUCGGUUAGGGUUGAUUAUAAAGCGGACGGCGUAACGUUGUUUUGUAAUCACAAAUAAUAUUGGUGACUUUUUUCGAUCACAUUAGAACAUAAAAUCAUUUUUAUAAAUCACGAUAAGAACACAUCUGGACGAACGAACACAGAAUCAUAUUCGCGAAAUGUUUAAUAUAAAUAAAUAAAACACGUAUAUUUGUGUCAUAUGAGAUCAUGUAUGUUCUCUUAUCAGGAAUUAUGAUAGUAACCCAUUUAUAAGAUACAGCUAGAAUAUACAGCGAACAAUAUUUUAAGUUAUGUGAAACUGUUCCUACAUAUUGAGUAGUGACAGAACAAUUAUUGAGCAAAAAUAGAUUUUCGUGUAUCAAUAUAUGGAUCAUAUUUUCGUAUAUACAUAUCAAGUAGCUCGGUGACAAUCGCGUGGUUCGGAGGUAAAGUAAAUCAGGAUGUAUCUAGUGACUUCAGUAGCAGGAUUACUCAGUAAAUAAUGUUUGGAGUGACAAUAAUACUGGUAAGGGAGAUACGAGUAAAUUCCGAAAAUUUUGAUCCAUCCGACUCAGAUCAAAUAAAUUUAAAUCGUAGCUUCAACCGACAAAAUAUGCUAAAUAUUUUUUUAAACUUUACUUUUGAAUGGUACAAUUAAAACCGUGAACUGGAUUUUGGCUGACCGAAAGCAUCAUGUGAUGAAAUGAACAUUGAUUUAACUGAAUGAAAUUGUAAACUAGACUAGACUGUGAGUAUAAAACAGUGAAUGUUACUUUGAAACAACAAGCCGGAACACCAAUUAUAUUUCUCUCGGUUGUUUAUUAAAAUUUAUGUUGUGAUUGUACAUACAUAAUAAUGAUUGAUUAUAGUAUACAUUUUGUAAUGGAUAUACAUGUUAGUGCCAGAUAGGUUUUUGUACGGUCGUUUACAGCGCGCGGCGCGGAGCGGGACGUCGAGUGUUACUAGAGAACGACAAGACGAUGCCUUGUACAUAGUUAACGUAAGAAAUGUGUAGUUUUCAUUUAUGUUUUAAUUUAUAUGUAAACUAUAUUUAUAUUUAAGGCGGACAAGGAAAUAUAAACAAUUAAACAUAAUAAAGUUUGAUUAGGGAUCUAUACGAAAUUGUUUGCGCGUGAGCCUAGCGUGUGAACGGUUUUUUUUUAUAAUAAGACAAUUUGUAUAUUUUUAAAAGUGGAUAUUGUAAAUGUAUGUAGAGAGCUUGCAGCGUUCGGUUCUUAGAGGAUAGUUAGGUUAGGUCCGUCAGUUACCCGCGGUCGCCACAGCCCGACUUACCCGCUCAUUUCCAACUAUUGGUACUUACUAUCCGCACAAAUAACUGUACCUAUAUAUUUAAGAUGGUUAUUUAUUUAUUGUGGCAUUGUAUAGUUAAUUUUGUUGCACACUAAGCGAAGUUUACUUAAUUUCAAUAAUUGUGAGGCAAAUUAACUUUAAUAAGCAAUGAAAUAACGUUAAAGUGCCUUGCGAAACUGCGGUUUUUUCCGCGUCCUGAGUAAGCACAAAGCGGUAAUUUGGCGUGUCUAUUUAACUGAUCGUACGUGUUAGAGACUAAAGUUCCGCCAAAAAACGUGCAAAUCACAAAUGCAUCUGUGCAUCUCCUUUGGAAACUCGCAAAUUAUGUACUUGGUUUUUUGUUAUCGUUUUUAGUUCUAUUUUUUUUUUUUGCGUUACGCGGUGUAUAAUUUUUUGUUGUGUUUUUAUGUUGCUUAUUUAAUUUUAGGCUGAUAGGUACUUCCUCUUUUAAAAUGUAAUGAUAGUGACACAUUAUGGUUGAUUUGCCCUGACUUGCAUUAUUGACAUUUUAACUUUUUAAUUAUAACAAAGGGCAUCAUUUAUUAAAUAAAAAUGUAAAAUUAAAAAAAUAAAAAAUACAGAAAUGAGCAAUAUUGACAUGCAUGCAUGACAUGGUGAUUCUUAAAAUAUACCUAAUCAAAGUCGAGAUCUUUACAUACCUAUGAAAAUUAAUAAUUUAAGAGAAAAUGUGGAUGGCAUAACAAAUUAAAUUAUUUAUAUUCGUACGCAAAGCAAAAGUGCAUGCAUACGAAUAUCAUCAUCACAUUUAUUUUUUUAAUUGCAUGUUUUUCUACUUAUGACAGUUUCAUUAAUUUUUGUAAUCAUUAAGCAAUAUGUUGCUUUUAAACAUCAGUAAUACCUUCGAGAAAUACAAGACAUAAUAUUUACCUUUAAAAACUAUUGACGCCAAAAUUAUUCUCAUUUUUUUUUAUAUAAGCAUGUAGAUGGACUCGGACGCUGCGCUGGUAAGCGUAAGCCGAUUGGUUUUUAGGAAAUUGUAAAAUACUGUUUUCUUUUAUUAUAGCAAUCUUGUGUUGAUAUAGCAUGUAUAAUUUGUUUUUUUUUUUAUUCGCGUUAAGAAUAUGUAUAAAUUUGUUUUCUCUUAAUAUUAUUAUUUGUGUAACUGUACCUUAUGUUAUUGAUGAUAGAAUACAUUAAUUUUUAUGUAUGA